AUGCAUAUCCUCGCAGUCCUGCCUUUGAUCGGCUUGGCCGCAGCACAUACUGCAUUUACGACGCUAUACGUCGAUGGACAAAACCAGGGUGAUGGGGUUUGUGUUCGAAUGAAUCGGGAUCCUAAGACUGCUACAUUUCCUAUUGAGCCGUUGUCCAGUGGGGAUGUUGCGUGCGGAAUCGAUGGCGAGAAAGGCGUCGCGCGUGUGUGCCCUGCGAGAUCGUCGUCGACGCUGACGUUCGAGUUCCGCGAAUACGUCGAUGGCUCGCAGCCGGGAGUCUUGGACCGGAGCCACAAAGGACCUUGUGCUGUGUACAUGAAGAGGGUGGACGAUGCGACGGCUGACAACAACGCAGCGGGUGAUGGGUGGUUCAAGAUCUGGCAAUCUGAUUACGAUGCGUCUGCGGGUAAAUGGUGCACGGAGAGGAUAAUCGACAAUAAUGGCCAUUUGUCUGUUGUCAUUCCGGAUGAUGUCCAAGCUGGGUAUUACCUUGUGCGGCCAGAGUUGUUGGCACUGCACUCGGCCCAGGAAAAUCCCCCGGAUCCGCAGUUCUACGUCGGAUGUGCUCAGGUCUUUGUGCAAUCUUCGGGCACGGCCAGUCCCCCGACGGUGUCUAUUGGCGAAGGCACGUAUGACCUGGAUACCCCGGGUAUGACCUACAACAUCUACGAAGACCCACUACCUCCGUAUCCAACGUAUGGCCCUCCGGUGUAUCAAUCAGGACAGACAAAGCGAUCCGUCGACAAACGCGGUCCCAUGGUUCAGCAAAUCGGCCUCAAACCAGACGGAUGCAUACUCCAACGCGAUAACUGGUGCGCCUUUGAAGUUCCGUCAUACAAUGACCAACAAGGCUGCUGGGCUGCUGUCGAUAAAUGCUGGGAACAGAAUGAUGAAUGCUGGGAGACUGCGUAUCCCACCGGGGGUCAGAAUUGUCAUAUCUGGGAGAAAAAGUGCCAUGAUUUGAAUGACUCGUGUAACAAUGGUGCCUUUACGGGACCGCCGGAUUCUGGGAAGGAUUUGACGCCGCCGGCGCCGCCGUUGAGGGGGUCUACGAAGGUGUUCAAACGUGAUCACCGUCGGUUCAGGCGCGGGCAUGUAUAG